GACAUUUGCUCAAGCGUUUCGAGAAUGGUGUGGUCGAAAAGAUUUUCUUUCUUUUCUGAAAUAAAGGCGACUUAACUUAGUGGGAUGGGUGUGUGUCACUGUCCACGAAACAAAGACUGACAGGGAGGAUCUCUGAAUAGGGUCGGCUAAUUAUAAUACGGAACUAAACCGCCCCCGGCCCGUACCUCUCGGCUUUUACUUGGUGAACAGCAUUCAGUUAACAUAUGAAGAGAUGGGAAGCACGUUGCUAGUUAGCUUUAAGUGAAGUCUAAAAUUAUCCACCAACCCAAAUUUGCAUGAGGCAGAAAAUAGCCAGGACAUGAUUUUGAAGCCGAAUUACCCGUUUAGGCUGUCAGAUUUCGGAUUUAAAUUGGAAACCACAGAUUAACUGUUAUGCUAGCUAGAGUUGGGCUGAAAUGGCCUCGGAGCCAAAUCCUGCAGUUUUUCUCACUUCAGUUAUGGAGGAAAUAAUCUGUCUGUCCCUCUGAGGUGAGAGUCUCUUCACAUAGAGCUCGUGAUGAAAGCUCUCAGUGCGCGCUCCGCGUUUUACGUGGGCUUUGUGGUAGGCACGUGCACCCUGUACGUGCUCCUGCGUCAGGUUGGAUUCACUCGGGACUUGGGGUCUGGUGAGUCCGAGGCCCACGAGAAAAGUCUGCUGGAGAUGGUUGAAGAAGAAAACAAGAACUGGAAGAAGGAGAGGUCGGCUCUCUUCAACCUCAAUCAUCCUCACCAUACAGGUGAGGAUGGCACACUGGCUGACACUCUCUAUAAGCAUGUACGCAUUUUGUGUUGGGUCAUGACCGGCCCUAAUAACCUUGAAAAGAAAGCUCGGCAUGUGAAAGCCACAUGGAGUCGCCACUGCAACAUUGUGGUCUUCAUAAGCUCUGUGGACGACCCUGAUUUUCCCACGGUCGGCUUAAACACCAAGGAAGGUCGGGAUCAGCUGUACUGGAAAACCAUUCGUGCUUUCCACUAUGUCAUGGACAAGCACGGGGACGAGGCAGACUGGUUUCUCAAAGCGGAUGACGACACUUACGUGAUCGUCGACAACCUGCGCUGGAUUCUGGCCAGCCACUCUCCAGAGGACCCGGUGUAUUUUGGCAGACGGUUUAAGCCAUACGUAAAACAGGGCUACAUGAGUGGUGGCGCAGGUUAUGUGUUAAGCAAAGAGGCCCUGAGGAGGUUUGUGGAAGGCUUUCGCACCAAAGUGUGCACUCACACUAGCUCAGUGGAGGACCUAGCUCUAGGUCAGUGUAUGGAGAAGGUUGGCGUUGUGGCAGGAGACUCCAGAGACACCUUACAAAGAGAGACAUUCCAUCCUUUCGUACCAGAGUCCCAUCUCACUGGCACAGUUUCUAAGACCUUCUGGUAUUGGAACUACUGUUAUUACCCCAUUGUGCAGGGCCCACAGUGUUGCUCAGACCUGGCCGUUUCUUUCCACUAUGUGGAUCCGUCACACAUGUACCUGCUGGAAUACUACACUUACCACUUGCGUGCCUUUGGCUACAAAUACCGAUAUCAGCCCCCUGAACCCAAUGUCAUACAAGAGUUCAAUGCCCCAGCACCAGACAAAGUGGAAACUGGAGACAUAGAGGAAAAGCUGGGGGUAGAACAACAGGAAGGAGAAAAGAAAUCCCCCCAACUUAAUGAAAAGUUAUAGCAGCUUUUUACAUAGGAAUUUUUAAAAAUAACAUUUAAAAUCUUCUUCCAAAAGAACUGUUUUUGGGGUGGCUUUACAUUUUUUGGAUAAUGUCUUCUAUAUUGUGCCACAGAAAUGUGUGCAUGACAUGUUUGUGUGAUUUAAUGAACUGCUACAGUUUGAGAGUCUGUUCUUCUCAAUAAUGCAUUUGUAUGUCAAUGUUUAAAUAUAUAUGACAGUGCAGAAUUGUAUGAAAUGAAGGUUAUGAGUGUAGGAGUCUGCCUUAACAGUAUAAUAACAUUGGAUAAUAUUUUGGGGCCACAAGCAAGGCUGCAUCUGCAUACAUUAUACUUGGCAUUCAGUUCUAUUUUUUUUCCUAUAUAUAUAAAAAUAGCAAUUGCGUGUUUGCUCUGCACUGCGUAAUCAUAAACACACCACCAUGUAUGAUUUAACGGCAGUGCCAUAAGUAAAAGAGGCCUUGAUUUUCCUUUAAUUUGCUCAUUUCGUUGAAUUAGUGCCUCUGCUCUGAUCCAGAAAAAUCAUCCACUUCCAUAUAUCCCUGGACCACAUUUGUAUUGAGUUUAGGCAAUAAUUAAACCGAGCUGCUUAUAUCGUAGAUCCUAGUUGAGCAAACAUUCAAGCUCCAGCUGUGUUUUCUCUACACAGUCUGCAGUACCUUUGCCAAAGUUGAACGUGUACAGUUUACUUUGACUAAGAUUACAUCCAUAGAAAAAUGAACCAGGAUGUAGUCCUUCAAAUGACACCAAAACAGCAUAUUACCCUUCUCUGAGAGUUAAAGGGAUAGUUCAACCAAAAAUUAAA